AUGUCUGAGGGAGUGAGUUCGAACCUCCCCUCUGCUGGCAUCAUCAGCAUGGGUAUCUGCGAAAGCGUCGGGAUUGGCAAAUGCCACCUGCCGUUCAAGCCGCCCAGCGUGGGGACGGCAGCUCCGCAGGAUCCAGCGGAGCUCCUUGCAAGAGCGAGAGGAGAGGGAAACUUCGGGUCUAGCGGGAUGAAGUCCAUAAGCAGCGGAAGUUUCCUGCCUGGGCUUCCCAAGAUGAUCUCGUCGCAGAGAGAUGCGAACGCCUCGAGGUCCUCCUCGUUGACCGCAACGAGGGUCCCGGCAAGUGAAGGCGGCAGAAGACUUGCUUGCUCCAUGUCAUUCGGAGCUCCGGUGUUGAGAACUUCGGUGAAGACGAGAAUGAUCAUCAGGUGCCUCACUGACGUCCUUGUGCACAGGCUGAACUGCCGGAACCCCGGGGUCCCUGCCAUCCCCCUCAUCGCUAUCAACAAAGAAGUUCCACAGGCGCAGCAUCAGCCAAGUGAAAAAGAGAGCGCUCCCACCUUGCGCGCUCUCAACCCUGAGAACCCGUCCACCCUUCCUUCCCUGGGGAUCACCAUACAGCCUCAGCUGCCCCUCAUCGAGCAGCAUGCGAAGAUGCGCCUGCAGCAGCAGAAGGAGCAGCCAGGGAUGCACCUGCCCGUUGCCGGGUUCGAGCAGGCAGCGAAUGCGAGCAUUCGAUUCAUGGAGGAGGCAAGGGAGAAACAGCCCCUGCAUCCCAUCUUCUUGGAUCGUAGCUCCUCGACCCCGGGCUCGCUUCCUCGGUUUGAGGCCUCCACGUCCAAGGUUGACAUGGAACAAGAGAUUAUCAAGAGCACAGAAGAGCUUCGGACUGAUGGGCAGACAGUCCUGAAUCUUGUUAUGAACAGCAAUGACAACAUCCUCUCUUCGCUCCAGAGCUCCUUGACCAGUGCAAAACAAUCUAGCGACCCUACUGCACAGCCUGGGAUUACGAUGCAGGAAAAAUCGACAGUGCCGGAGGCCCCAGCUGCUAUCUUGGAAAGCUUUCCACAAGCAGAUGCGAGGAGUAUCGCAAUGAACAGCAACACGAGCUCGAGCACGUUGGUGAAUGCAAGGCGCGAGGCAAACGGGCCGAGCAGUAUAGAAGUUUUGCUGCAGCCUUCGAUGUCAUGGAAGGAGAUCGUGGAAGAGAAAGACGACAAGUCGAACAAGGCUGAUGCUGUCUCGAAGAACAACAUGGUGCAUCAAAACAGCAUCUGGGACUUACCUGUGCAGCGCUCAAGCGUUGGAGUGCAUGUCGCAUGGCAAGACAUGAAGGGAGAUGAGUUGUUUCGCUAUCAGAUGGACUACAACAAGAGCGGAGACGAGAGGGUGAACUCUGAGAGAUUGGGGCAACUACAACAGUACAUUGGAAGUGCACGGCAGAAGCAAGAGAAAUGGAAGGCGCGGGUAGCAGGAGGAACUCUCUUCAAGAAGAAUCAGGAGAAGUCAUUUAUCGAAGAAUUGUUCCGAUGGCACGACAUCGGCAUCCUGACCUUGCACACGCUGCCGGAGGGUUCUGCUGCUGCCCUUGGGGACGGCGCAAAGGAGGGGACAGAUGGCAACUCGCAAGAGGAAGGGGAGACCGCGAGGAAGAAGGCGUGUCUCGCAGAUCUCCGCGAUGAUCCCUUGCAGAGUUCAGGAGGGGAUGGAGCAAUGAGGUCCCUCAAUGGCAGGGAAGGGGAGGAAAAGAGCGAGCAGGUCAGAGCGAGGAGGCUAUCUGCUACUGCACAGAAGAAUGUCUGUCCCAUUGCAAGCAAGAACCUAUGCGCGCACUCUCCCUCCAACAUCACUGGCUGGUCCAUCAUCAGCUUCGAGCGAUGGGAUGUGGAGAGGAAGAAAUGGUUCACCAACGGCAACGAAGUCACUUACAAGCAGGGGAGUUUCAACAUGUGCUUGCGUCACAUGGGAUUCCGGCCAACCAAAGGAGCACGAUAUGGCGGAACAGGAUACGACUGGGACAACUCCGUGGGCUUCGUGUUCGACCCGGACGUCAAGUCGAAGUAUACAUCCAAGAGGAGCAGGAACUACAGUCAGAGCAGAUGA